UCUACACCCUUGUAUUGCUGUUGGAGGCGAUAGUUCAGAAUAUGUUCUCUAACAAAAUAAAACUCACUUUUUUUGUAUGAAUUUCUGAAAUGUUGUCUUUGUCUUUUACAGUCAGAGAUUAUUUGUAUGUUAGGCUAAAUCGACUUAAAUUAAUUCUCUUCAGUUAUUUUAUCGCUGGAAAAACAGGCACCAAACAAGCAUACAUUGAUGCAAUGAUGGAAAGAUCUCUUUACGCCUUGAUGUUUAAGUGAUCAUAAAAUAUGCUAGAAGAUAAAAUAAAUAAAUUUAUGAUAUUGUGCAGAUAUGUCAGAUUACCGAUACAAUCAAGAAUACGUGCACGAGAGACGAAGAAAAAAAUUCUAAAACUAUGACACACAUCGGAGCAGAACGCAUCAUACCUAACAAUGACUGCGGAAAUAUGGAUUUCUCCGGGAGUACUGAAGAAAUUAUGACAUUAGUGUUCCUCGGCAUCAUGAACUGUAUUGUGAUAGCUGGGAACAUCUUGGUUAUACUAGCCGUUACGUUGAACCCGAAAUUACGCACCGUAACUAAUUUCUUUAUUGUGUCAUUAGCAGUGGCAGAUCUGUUAGUAGGUUUAGCAGUUUUGCCGUAUUCAAUAUCUCUAGAAGUGCUAAGAGUAUGGAUAUUUGGGCCGGUCUGGUGUCAAAUAUGGUUAGCGGUAGAUGUAUGGAUGUGCACUUCUUCCAUACUCAAUUUAUGUGCCAUAAGUUUAGAUCGUUACGUGGCCAUAACCAGGCCGGUUCACUACAGGUCAAUCAUGACGAAAAUACGUGCCAAGAUUCUCAUUGCUACAGUUUGGGUUUUCUCUUUUGUGAUUUGUUUCCCUCCUUUAGUCGGAUGGAACGACAGUUCUAUGGGUAUCGAUACUUUUUACGGUUCAAAAGAUACACCAAAACAUAUACCUAAAGACAUAACGCUCACCAAUUUAUCUAGCCUUACGUACUUCCACGUAGAAAAUUAUAGUUUACCAAUCAUCAAAGACGAUUGCAAACUCAGUUGUGCCCUGAUUAAUAAUAAGGGAUACGUAGUAUACUCGUCACUCGGGUCGUUUUACAUCCCAAUGCUAAUCAUGCUGUUCUUUUACUUUCGAAUCUAUCAAGCCGCUUUGAAAACAAGUCGUGCCUUAAACUGCGGUUUUAAAAUUACAAAAAAUAGUAACAAAAAGGAAACUAAAAACGAAAAUCACGGUGUGACUCUCAGAAUACAUAGAGGUAAGCAAUUCCCGGACUUGAGUUGUACUAAUGGUAGGAGAGCCGGUGUCCUGGUGAUACCAGCUUCACCUUCACCUUCUAGAAGAAAUUCCAGUGAUAAAAAAUUAGACGAAGCAGACACUACUUCACUGAGGAGUAAUACAGGUAACUCGACAAAAUCUGUAACUUUAAGUGACGAGAAAGAUGGAAAAGAAGAAGGCGAAAAAUCUUCCAGUAAACAUGGACGUUCAUUCUUUUCGAGGAUGAGCAAAAGGAACGCUAGGCUACAUGCUAAACGAUUUUGGUCAGAAACCAAAGCUACUAAAACUGUUGGUAUCAUCGUUGGUUGUUUUAUAUGUUGUUGGUUACCUUUUUUCACCGUUUACUUAAUCAGACCGUUUUGUGAAGAUUGUUUUCCUCAAUUAUUAUUUACAAUUUUUUUCUGGUUGGGUUAUUGUAAUUCAGCCAUAAAUCCGUUCAUAUAUGCCCAUUUCAGUAAAGAUUUCAGAUGCGCAUUUAAGAAUAUUCUAUUCAAAUGUCAAUUCAAGGAUGAAGGUAUAUCAUCUCUCAUCAGACAGAUACAUGUACCAUUCUUUGAAGAAGAUUAUGACGAUAAAAACGAUUCUCACUAAAAUUUGUUUUAUUUAUUUUUUAAAUUUUAACUAAACUGUGAUUAUAACGAGCUUUAUAUUACAAUACGUAGCCUAAUUUAUGUAUUUAUAAAACAAAAAAUUCUGAGACACAUUAAUAUUUAUCGAAAAUGAUUAUAAAGAAAAACUUUUUAUCAGACAGCUGUGAAUUUUGUUAAAUUAGCGAUGGUAACAGGAUAAUCAUCCAAAAAGUGAUUAGAUAAUCUGAACAUUAGUGUAAUAGUUAAAUUUAUUGAUCUAUUUUUUAAAUUAAUGUUCCAGACAAAUCACGUGUUUCCAAAUAUAGGGCAUUAAUUAAGUGAAACUUUUUAAUCUAUAAGUUUAUAGAUAUCUCUAUGAAAUUUUAGACUUUUAUCAAAGUUCUAAUACAGAUUUGUUUAAAUAUAUUAGAAGUAAUCUUUAAUCAUAAAGCUUUGUUUUUAAAACUAUUCAGAUAUUUUUGUUAAAUAAAUAAUCAAAUUUACAUUUUUUUUAAAAAAGAUUUAAUAUAUUAGUACGUACAGUACAUAUGUUGUUCAUUCACAUUCGCAUAAUUAUAGUUAAAUUAAAUGCAAUCAUGAGAUUAUUUUUCCAUGAGAACGUCUAUAUCAUGAGAUUGUCGUCACUGUAUAAUGUAUAAGACAUACUAAUGCAUGAUAAUCAUGCAACUGUUCAUUGGUGUUAAUUAUUAACAUAUGCAUAUAUUUUUUUUAAAAUUCAAGUUACCAUCGCUUUUAUUUAACUAUGUAACAAAAUUUUGUAACCCGAUAAGCAGUUGAAUUUAUUAUUUAAAUUACAAAAUUUCUGUAGCUUCUUUUUAGGAGCUAUUUUGAAUGUUGGCUUCUA